AGUGUCGUCAUGAUUUUAAGGCGGCCAAUCGAGUUCUUCUACUGUUGGUUAUCUUUUAUUGCAAUCUACCCGAGUACCUGCAGUUCCAUUGAGAAAAAUCACCGCGGUCUCAAUCGAUUUUUUUCCGCACGAUCGAUCCUCAAAAGUUGGCGGAGGAAAGCUCAGGAGCAAUCUGCCAGACUCUUCGAUCGACUUCCACAGAAUCCGGAAGUUUUCUACACACCCCCAGAAGUGAUCAGGAGCCGGGGCUACCCAGUCGAAGUUCAUCACAUCACUACAGAUGAUGGGUACAUUUUGGAAAUUCACCGCAUUCCGGCCCAAUCGUCUGGCGGACCCAAGAAAGCGGUUUUCCUUCAGCACGGGGUCCUCCAGUCUUCCGGCACUUGGCUCGUCAAUCCUUCCAAGCGCGCCCUUCCAUUUUUACUGGUAGAUAAAUCGUACGACGUGUGGAUCGGCAAUUUCCGUGGCAACAGGUAUUCCAGGAGACACGUCACCCUCAAUCCCGAUGAAACCGAAUUUUGGAGAUUCAGCUGGGAUGAAAUCGGCAAUUACGACCUGCCGGCCGUCAUCAAUUAUAUUUUGAAAACAACUGGCCAAUCGAAAUUAUCUUACAUAGGACAUUCGCUUGGAUGCGGAACGUUUUUCAUCGCUAUGGUUAAACAUCCGGAGCUCAACUCUAAAAUUGACAUCAUGGUUGCCCUGGCACCGCUUUCGUCCUUUGCUCAUUUCACUACCCCCCUUUUCCGCUUUUUAGCUCCGCUGGAUCGAAUCAUCCAGAGUUACCUCCAGAUGGUAGGAACUUGGGGAUGGCUGGACAGCCAAGGCUUUGGCGAUCGUUUCUUCAAUUCCCUGUGCGGUAAGACUUACACCGUGGCCAACCGUUGCGCGGACUUGAUACGCGCAUUUUCUGGGCCGAAUCCCAGCAACAAUUUCGACCCUACUGUAGUGCCAGGGAUGAUUGCAAAUGCUUUCCACGGGACGUCGGUUCCUGUCAUCGCCCAAUUUGCGCAAAAUUUCCAAGCAGGGGAGACAUUUCAAGCUUACGAUUACGGGCCUCGAGGGAACAUUAUGCGCUACGGAUCGACCAGACCGAUGGAAUACCACCUGGAUCGAAUUACAGCUCCGAUUUACGUGUUUUCGGGAGGAAAUGACCAUAUUGUUACGCCAUUGGAUGUGGACUGGCUACUGACUCAACUUACAAACAUGAAGGGAUCCACCCGCAUCCCAGAAUACAAUCACGGCGAUUUCAUAUGGGGGACGGAUGUCAAAGAAAAAUUGUACGAUCAAAUCAUGGCCCUUUUACCGCCACCAUAAGCUCAAGCGAAACUUUGAUUCGUCUUCUGUGCAAAUGCAAUCCAUAAAAUAACAUGUCAGGUAAUUUAUUCAUCAAGCUUGCAUACCACUAACAACACCUGUAUACAUUGCAUUUUU